AUGACUUAUGAAAAUGAUAUUCAUCUACACCAAGUUUUCAAACGAAUCUUAAAAUCAGUGACAAUGAACGAACGAAUCAAAAGACCCUCAUUUAUGAUUAAGGAUAUUUUAGGAAAUUCGGAAACAACUUGUGGAAGCGGAUCACAUAGAAUUGAACGAUUGACCACAAAACCAUCUUUGCCCACCUUACCAAUUCCAAGUUCCGUACAUUUACCGUAUUUCUCCUACCCAUCAACACCGAUUCCACAUGGUCUGGUUGGAAUGAGACACCCAGGGCACGUGCCUUUCAUGCUACCCAGAGCUUUAAUAAUUAAGAAAAACAAAAAUGAUGAUUUACGAAAUGAUAAUUUAGAAUACAAAAAUGAUAAUUUAGAAUACAAAAAUGAUAAUUUAGAAUACAAAAAUGAUAAUUUAGAAUACAAAAAUGAUGAUUUACGAAAUGAUAAUUUACGAAAUGAUAAUUUAGAAUACAAAAAUGAUAAUUUACGAAAUGAUAAUUUAGAAUACAAAAAUGAUAAUUUACGGAAUGAUAAUUUAGAAUACAAAAAUGAUAAUUUAGAAAAAAAAUGA